UCGACGUCUCGCUGUGUUCUCGCGAGAUUAACUGAAGUCACAUGGGGAUGGAGCGGCGCCAGUACUUGUUGUUGUUGUUAUCGGCAAAAUGGCGUCCGCAGCCGAGGCCCCGGAGUCCUGGUACCUCGCCCUGCUGGGCUUCGCCGAACACUUCCGCACCUCGAGCCCGCCGAAGAUCCGCCUGUGCGUGCACUGCCUCCAGGCCGUGUUUCAGUUCAAGCCGCCGCAGCGGGUGGAGGCGCGCACUCACCUCCAGCUCGGCUCCGUGCUCUACCACCACACGAAGAACAGCGAGCUCGCGCGCAGCCACCUCGAGAAAGCGUGGUUUAUUUCACAACAAGUCCCACAGUUUGAAGAUGUUAAGUUUGAGGCUGCGAGUCUUCUGUCUGAGCUCUACUGCCAGCAGAAUUUGGUGGACUCUGCAAAACCAUUACUACGCAAAGCAAUCCAGAUUUCACAGCAAACUCCUUACUGGCAUUGUCGGUUGCUAUUCCAGCUUGCGCAACUACACACACUGGAGAAAGACCUAGUUUCUGCUUGUGACCUCUUAGGUGUAGGAGCUGAAUAUGCAAGGGUUGUAGGCUCAGAGUAUACCAGAGCACUGUUUCUCCUGAGUAAAGGAAUGCUGCUGCUAAUGGAGCGGAAGCUGCAGGAGGUGCACCCCCUGCUCACGCUGUGCGGCCAGAUUGUGGAAAACUGGCAGGGAAACCCCAUUCAGAAGGAGUCCUUGAGGGUCUUCUUCCUGGUGCUUCAGGUCACACACUACCUGGAUGCUGGGCAGGUGAAGAGUGUCAAGCCCUGCCUAAAGCAGCUGCAGCAGUGCAUUCAAACCAUCUCUACACUCCAUGAUGAUGAGAUCCUUCCCAGCAACCCUGCUGAUCUUUUCCACUGGCUGCCCAAGGAGCACAUGUGUGUGUUGGUCUACCUGGUGACAGUUAUGCACUCCAUGCAAGCAGGUUAUUUGGAGAAGGCACAGAAGUAUACCGAUAAAGCACUCAUGCAGCUUGAAAAGCUAAAGAUGUUGGACUGCAGCCCCAUCCUGUCCUCUUUCCAGGUUAUACUACUGGAGCACAUCAUCAUGUGUCGAUUGGUCACCGGUCACAAGGCAACCGCAUUGCAGGAGAUAUCCCAGGUUUGCCAGCUGUGCCAACAGUCUCCCAGAUUAUUCUCCAAUCAUGCUGCUCAACUUCACACUUUACUUGGCCUCUAUUGCAUCUCUGUGAACUGCAUGGACAAUGCAGAAGCACAGUUCACCACAGCGCUACGGCUGACCACUCACCAGGAGCUAUGGACAUUUAUCGUGACAAACCUGGCCAGUGUCUACAUCAGGGAAGGAAACCGACACCAGGAGUUGUACAGUCUUUUGGAGAGGAUUAACCCAGAUCAGAGUUUUCCCGUAAGCUCACAUUGCCUGCGGGCGGCAGCUUUCUACAUCCGAGGACUCUUCUCCUUCUUCCAGGGGCGUUACAAUGAAGCCAAACGGUUUUUGCGGGAAACUCUGAAGAUGUCGAAUGCUGAAGACUUGAAUCGGUUGACAGCCUGUUCUCUGGUCUUGCUUGGACAUAUAUUCUAUGUGCUGGGAAAUCACAGGGAGAGCAACAAUAUGGUGGUCCCUGCCAUGCAGCUGGCCAGCAAGAUCCCUGACAUGUCUGUCCAGCUCUGGUCUUCAGCGCUCUUGAAGGACCUGAACAAGGCUUGUGGCAACACGAUGGACGCGCACGAAGCAGCGCAGAUGCACCAGAACUUCUCCCAGCAGCUGCUACAGGACCACAUCGCUGCAUGCAGUCUGCCAGAACAUAACCUCAUCAGUUGGACUGAUGGUCCUCCACCAGUGCAGUUUCAAGCCCAGAAUGGCCCCACCACCAGCCUGGCCAGCCUGCUUUGAGUACUGCUGGGAUCACAGCGACACUGUGUGUGUGUGUGUGUGUGUGUGUGUGUGUGUGUGUGUGUGUGUGGGCAACAGCGAGUGAGAGGCUGCUUCACCAGAGGCCUGGCAAAGACUCACAAGGGCUGUAUUGCCUCUGCCUGAAUUGUAUCUCCAGUUCUUCAGAUGUUAACUUAUGAUUCGCUUCACAGUAGGCAAACGGGGUGGGCUUCUACAUACCGGUUCCUUUUCAACUCGAGCGGCCAGGAAAUGGAUAACGAAAGGGGGGUUAGAAAGCAGAAGACCCAGCAAUGGUGGACAAGAGAAGCAACCCUACCUCAAGUGGAUAACCUCGGGCUCUGUGUGGCAUGCCGCGAUGUGGAUGGAGCCGGCUGUGCGGAAGUUGCGGGCAGCACUACGGCCAAGAAGAAUGCUCGUCUUCAAGGAGGGUAUGAUGGCGGCGUUACGGAAAGGGCUUUCAAGGAGGGGGUGGCCGGACUUGCCGAACACAGGGGUAUUCAUGCAGAAUCCUGCGUUAUAUCCGGACUGUAGACGGCUUGGGAAAUGAACAGUAGGUUAAAGCAACUUCAGCUGGCUCUAGUAACACUAGUCAGACGUGAAACUUCUUGGCACUGAAAGUCUCCUUCUCUGCAGGAGUUUAAAAAAAAAAAAAAAAAAAAAAAAAGGUUUUAAUACCACUGAGAUUUUCUGGGUUUUACACCGUAGUAAACGAUUAUUUUUUACUUAUUUUUCUAUGUAGCUACUUUCGUGCUGCAUAUACGAACCUGGCUGUUCUUUAGGGGUCAGUUUUACAAAUAUUGCUGAAGAGAAGAGCAUACCCAUUAUAUUAAUUUAUUUACGUUUAUAUUUUUGUAACUAGAUAAACGAUUUUAGAGCUUGGUUUACCUUGUCUGACUGCUUUUUUUUGCAUAUGCAUGCAAAAGAGAAGAAAUUUAUUAAAGUUACGUGUUUGAGGUCUCAGUUGUGUAAAAAUAUUUUCUGAAGUUUUAACUAUAAGUAUUAGCACAACUUGUCAUAAACCGUAAGUAGGAGAAAUGAUCUGCUUGGCUGUCACUUUAUAUUAACUGAAUCCCAUGUGAUUUAAUCGAUCACAUGUAUGUACAUAUACAAGGAUGACAUUUUAGUUUCUCUAAUUAAAUAUUCUCGUGGGUGAGAUGGAGCUCACAGAGGUUUGAUUUUGUACCAUCUGUAAUAGUAACUGUAGCCUAGGUGAUGAUGCAACAAUUCCCUCUUACUGAUGGUUCAAGUGCAGUCCCUAAACCCGUCAGCAGAUGUCGCUGUUGAGUGGCGCCCUAAUAACCUGCUUGUACGAUUGAUUGGGGCGUUUUGUACCGUCUUUUUUAAUCUAACGGUAGGAAUUUUUUCUCCUAUCACAUAUGUAAUAAACUU